AUGAACGCUGUGGCUGAGGCAGUGCGUGAGGCUGCAGUAGCAGCGGCUAGGGCUGUUGAUCAUCUUGGAGUUAAACCACCUAAGUUUACAGGUACACUCGUUGCGACUGAUGCUGACAACUGGUUUCGAGCUAUCGAACGAUCACUGCGAGCGCAGCAUGUUCCGGAAGGCCAACAUGGGAUACAGCGACUGUUGCAACAAGAUGAAGGCGAUAUUCCUUGGAAUAUUUUUAAGGAUGAAUUUUAUAAGAAGUAUUUUCCGAGGGCAGCUCGUGAUGCUAAGGAGAUGGAACUUAUGCAGCUGAAACAGGGUAACACAACUGUUGCAGAAUAUGCCCGUAAGUUUGAUGACUUGUGCCGUUUCUCCAAGAUCUGCCAAGGGAAUCCUGCUGACUUUGAAGAAUGGAAGUGUUUGAAGUUCGAAGGGGGCCUUCGUGAGGAUCUGAUGAGUUCAGUAGUUCCAUUGGAGAUACGAAAUUUUGCUGAGCUGGUUAAUAAGUGUAAGUUAGUAGAAGAAUGUGCUAAGAAGGUAAGUGCCUUUAAAGCAAGUCGUCAAGGAUUUCCACCAAGGAACUACAAUAAUUAUAAUUGGCAACCACGAAGGACAGACUUCAAGACACCUGGUGUGCCACAUCGAAGAAACCCACAGGUUGGUAACAUCCCUGCUCGCCCUAUGGGAGGAAACGGAGGUAGACCGAGGCAGGAUAAUGAUGUGGAGGAACUGGACAUAUUGCUAAGGAAUGCCCAAAGAUAUUCGCUCGGAAUCCAGUACGAACCCAGCAAAAAGGUCGAGUGUUUGCCAUGA